ACUAGUACAGUAGUACUGUACUGGGAAUUAUGCUUGCUUGCAUGCGCAUCCGUCUCCCUUCCAGUCUUCGAGAUCGACCUCGCACACUUUCUCCUAGCCCUAAACCGAUCUAGCCAGCCUCUUACGCGCUCAUGUCGUGCGAUCGUCGAUUCACGCAUCUUUCGUCCCGCUCACCCCCUCUCUCCCGCGAGGUGUUCUUUCUAAGCCUGACGACCCUCCUUUGUAUCACAUCCUGUAGAGCAACGUUUCAUUCCGCUGCUGUCACGCAAUCCAAGCGAGCUGAAUCACGAUCAGUCGGAUCUAGACCAGAUCAGUCCCCGGAAUCCCGACAAUUGCGGCGAAUCCUGACAGAAUCCGACGAUCUCGGAGCCAACCCUCAAAGUGAUGACGACUCCCCAACCAACACCGAGCCUGAUCCUCUGGUUCGGUACCGCGACGAGGCAGAUUCCGAAGCUGAUGUCGCCGCCUCCUCCUGGCAAACCCCGUUUCUCCGCCCCCAGCGAAUCCAUCCCGCAGAUCUCGCCGCCGAAUGCGCUGAGCUCGCGCCAGGAUUCGACCCCGCGGUUCUCGCGGCGCGGGAAUCCUUCGGACCAAUCACGACGCUGGACGAUCUAAAGCGGCUCGAGGACGGCCAGCGCGUGCUCGUCGUAGCUCCGCGGUUCGGCCUCGGGAACACGCUGCGCAAUUGGGUAUCCGCGUACAUGUGGGCUUUAAUCUCCGGUCGCAGAAUAGUCAUUCUCCACGCGGGUAAAUUCCACGGCGUACUAGCGAGCACCUGCGAGGCGUUUAAAUGCGAUUUCGACCACAUAUAUCCCAAGAAACUGUUAGACUCUCGUGUCAGGGGAGGGGAGGGGAGCAGCAGAAGGAAACUCGCCGCCAAUCGCGGAGAAGGAAGGGUGGGAGGGAGCAGGGAAGGGAGCGACACCGAUGGGGACAGAUCCGAACCUGAGUCCGAGCCUGGGACCGAGCCUGGAGGCCACGCUCGGAGGCAGCUGGGGUUGCAUCGGCGAAAGGGUCGGCGGAGCAAGGGGCAGCCGGGCUGGCAGGCGUACGAGUGGGAUUCGGAGGACGCUGCGACGGAUCCCGACGCGAUGCUGUACGAAUUCGAGAGUAACGUUACAUUCGCUACAGUAACGCACCCCACAGCGCGAGCCGCGUUACAGUGGACGGAUAAGAUCGUCUUCGCGUUUAGCUACGCGUUCUGGGACCACUGGUGGCUGAACGACCGGAGAUUGUCCCAAUGCGCGUGCCGGGCUUUAAAUCUAGGGUCCUCCUCCCCGGAUUUCCCGGAAAGGGUUUCGUGCCGGCCGGCAGCAGGGGGGGGGUACAGGUCAGCAGCGCUGCAUGCCUUGCUGGCAGGCGGGCCCACGCUGGCGCUGAGUCAGACGAUCCAAAAUAUCCUCCGGAGGCACGAGCCGGAUCCUGAUAGGCUGAAAUUGCCGCUGUCUCCUGCUGACGUGGCAGCCGCUGAUUCGCCGCUGGAAAUGGAGUUUGACGUGGGGCUGCAUAUACGGACAAGAACUGCCGUCCUGGAGCGACCUGACAGGCUGUUUGCGGAGUGUGAAGGGACGGCGAGGGGAGGAGGAGGGGGUGAGGGAGGGGGAAGGGAGGAGGGGGAGAGCAAGGAGGAGUGUGAGAGGCGGCAGGUGGAGAAGGAGAGGGAGAAGCACCGGGCGCUGUACCUGAACCCCCUCACUUGGAAAUGCGUGGGGCGGCUGCUGACAGAGCUGGGGGAACAAGCCAGAAUCAGGAAAGAAGAGGGCAGAAGUGGUAGAGAUGGGGAGGAGGGGGCGGAGGAUGAUGCGAAAGGUAAAGCUAAACAGGGGCGCGCGCUGUCCAUCUUCCUUGCGACGGACAACGAGGCGUUACGGCCGGAGAUGGUAACCAGACUGGCGCCAUACGGGGUGGUGUACUACAAUGGGGCAGAAGUGGCUCAUGUAGGGGUGUCCACUGAUAAGCACACGGGGCGGCUGCCGACUAUGGCUGAGUUUUACCUGCUGGGAAAGAGCCACGUUAUUGUGGAGCUCGAUAGCUACUUAAGCACGUUUUCGUACUUUGCUGGGCUGUUUGGGAACGGGACUAUUGUGUCGGUUCCGUACAAGGUGACGAGUAUUAACCGGUGCUCGCAUGUGCGGCCGGCACAGAAGGGGUCGUGGAGGAGAGGGGAUUCGAGAGGGCAGUCGAACAACUACUUCUUUACAGACCAGUGACAGGAGAUGGAGGGGAGAUGGAAGAGGGGUUUAGGCUGAUGUCUGCAUGUGCGGCCGGCACAGAAGGGGUCGUGGAGGAGAGGGGAUUCGAGAGGGCAGUCGAACAGCUGCUUCUUUACAGACCAGUGACAGGGUGGGAGGCAGAUGCUGAGCCUUCAUGCAGCAGUGCUGCGUGGACGUGGCAGCAUCACCAAGUGCUCCCACACGUGCAGUGUAGGCACAGACGGGGUAGGAGCAGAGACGGACGAGGACAGCUGAACAACUACUUUUUUCCAGAGAACAAUGACAGGGUGGGGGGCUGAUGCUGAGGCGGCAUGCAGCAGGGCUGUGUGGAGGUGACAGCAUCAUCACCAGGUGCUCCCACGUGCGGCCGCCACAGAAGGGGUUGUGGAGAGGAGAGGACAGAUGACUGUCAGACAAGCGCUGAGAGAGACCUGUCUUGGGAUGAACUAAGAACCGUCAGGACAAAAGAAAAACUGCUGGUAGAGUGUGGCACCAUGUUUCAGAAGAGCGGUAUGUUAUUGUAAGUUUUGUGGCAGUCUGAGUCCAAGGCAUUCAAUCUGAGGGCGUAUUCC